CUCAUGAAAUCGUGUUUUCUGGCCGACGAAGGCAAUCGGCAAUAAAAGCCGGGAAACGACUGAGGGCUCACUCGGCCACCUUUCCCUUCCAGGGCUGGCGAAUGCGCGUCCUCUUGGAUUCCAACUCCUCCUCGAUCUCUCUGUAUCUCUAACGAUUCCCCUUUCUCCACUAUUCAUCCAUCUCUCCCCGAUUUAGGCUCUAGGAUUAGGGUUUAUUUCGUCGCGGUUCGAUCCUGCGGCUCACGGAUACGCUGGCUCGAUCGAUCUUUCCCUUCUCCCGCGUUGUUUCACCAGAGAUGGAGCGUCCUCGCGACUGGGAAUUGGUGAUCAAGGUCAAAUAUGGUGAUACUCUUAAGCGAUUUGGUGCUCGUGUCCAUGGAUUUAGUAUGGAUUACGAUAUGAACAAACUCAGAUCAAAGAUUAUUAGUUCUUUCAAUCUCAGCUCAGAUGCUGAGCUAAUUCUUACCUAUACUGAUGAAGAUGGUGACAUUGUAACACUGGGUGAUGAUGAUGACCUGCAUGAUGCUGUUGUUGGUCAGCGUUUGAACCCUCUCCGGAUUAAUGUUCAGCUGAAGUCUGGUAGUGGUAGACGUUUUGAUCUAGAAUCUCAGACAGCAAAACCUGCUCCCGAAAUGUCAUCACAAAUCAAAAAUCGACAACCCCAGAUUAGUUUUGCUCUUGAUGAAGCACUGAAAUCUCUUCCUGAGCCAUGCGGUGCACUUUCAAAUCUCUCUCAGGAUUUCUUCUUAAAAACUGUGUCAUCUGCACCUGCAUUUGCUGAGUUUAUGGACUAUUUCUCCAAACUGGGAUUAUCCAAUGCUAAUCUGCCUUCUAGCAGUCCCAUUGGUGACUCAUCAGACACAUCCACUGGUGCAUCAGCUCAAACAAUGGAUGUUAAUAUUGGUGAUGGGCCAAAAGUUUUAAAUGAUUCAGCUUCACUAUCAACUGUAAUACCAAAUACUCAUACUGCUGAUCCAGUUUCAGAAGUCAUGCAAAAGCAUCGUGAAAGUGAUUAUGUGAACUCAGGUGGAAGGGUCAAAAUUCCUGUUGAUCUUAAUACAGAUAUUCCUACAAAUCCACACACGCCAGGAUAUCCCUCAAUUGAUGAUUUACUGACCCCCACUUUGCCUGAGACCCAGGUCCCCAUCUUGGCAACUAAUGAUGAUAUAAACCAUGAUAAAGAAAGCAGUGAUGCUCAUCGUAAAGGAAAAUCUGUUAUAUCUGCUGCUCCUUUCUCUAUGCCUCCUGUUGAUCACACUGCAGAGCACAGUUCACAGAAUUAUGAGACACAGAACCCAUUUCUUGCACCGAAUUAUGGAAUUACUGAAACCAUGAGUGGUGAUAACAGCAAACCGCUUCCUGUUGGCAUGGGCCCUUCAGCAUCAAAUCAUGGAUUCGGUUCUCCAGUUGAUGUCCCUACCAACAAGCAUAUCAGCGCAUUUACAUCUUAUGUGCCUCUGCCAGGUGGUUUCUUCCCUAUUGGCCAUCAGUACAGGAAGGGUGAUGGAUACCAUGAAAGUACGCUUCGAACUUUCCACAGGGGCGUCCAAUGUGAUGGCUGUGGAAUGCAUCCCAUCAUUGGUCCGCGGUUCAAGUCCAAUGUGAAAGAGGACUAUGAUUUGUGCAGUAUUUGUUUCUCAGAGAUGGGUAAUGAAGCUGAUUAUACCAGAGUAGACAGAGCUUCUCCCAUUUCUCACAGACUGUACAACGACUUCUACAAUACCCACUCUAGAUAUCUGCUUCCUUCAUCACAUGCUGCUCAUGGUUGGGGGAUGAGACCACUAAGGGCAAAACUGGAAAGUUGCUUUAUUCGAGAUGUUACUGUCCUGGAUGGAACUCUGAUGCCUCCUUCUACACCAUUUACUAAGAUUUGGCGGAUGUGCAAUAAUGGCAUCACCCCAUGGCCCUGCGGUACACAGCUUUUGUGGGUUGGUGGAGAUAAAUUUGCAAAUCGCCGCUCGGUUCAGUUGGAGAUUCCAGUAAAUGGCUUCCCUGUGGAGACAGAGAUUGACAUAGCUGUUGACUUCACCGCACCAUCAAGGGCUGGUCGGUAUGUUUCAUACUGGAGAUUGGCAUCACCCUCUGGACAGAAGUUUGGGCAACGAGUUUGGGUUCUUAUCCAGGUGGAUAUGUCUCGGUCAAUUUCUUCUAGCGGCAACUUCCCAACUGAUCUCAACUUGAACCUGCCUCCUGAAAGUAGUGGACAAAAUGAGUUAGGAAUCAUUGAUGUGAAUGCUGAGCCCUUGGAUGGUGUUGGUUCAGAACCCAGUUUCCCAAGCACAACCAGUGAGUUGGUUAAACCGUUGGCUACUGAAAUCCCAAUUACAAGUGCAGAGCCUGCUACCAGCGAUGCAAUUGCACAGCCUGUGCCUGCUGUGGAUAUCUCAGUGUCAUAUCCUCUUAUUGAUUUCCGGGCAUCUUCAUUCGAUGCAUCUCCGGUAGCUGCUGUGCCACCUUCCGACAACCCAGUAGAGCAGACCCUGCUGAAGACGCUGGAAGAGAUGGGCUUCAAACAGAUUGACUUGAACAAGGAGGUUCUGAGGCUGAAUGACUACAACCUGGAGCAAUCUGUUGCCAAUCUCUUGGACGUUAAACGGAUUGACUUAAACAAGAAGGUUCUAAGGUCGAAAGAGUACAACCUGGAGCAAUUUGUUGAUGAUCUGUGUGACUCUGCUGAAUGGGAUCCUCUUCUUGCUGAGCUGCAGGAAAUGGGUUUUUCUGACAACGAUAUUAACAAGAAGCUGCUGAUAAAGAAUGGUGGAAGCAUCAAGCGAGUUGUGUUAGAUCUCAUUUCCGGAGAGAGGCGUGAGUAGCAUGCAUAUAUAUUACAAUCUGUAAAUAUUUGGGCAUGCACAGUAAAGAGGGACAUGGUCUAGUUGUCCUAUUUGCUAUUCUUAUAUGGGCUACCGAAUUGAAGACGUGUGGGCAUGCUUAAUGUCAUGGAUGAAACAUUAUUGUCUAUCAUCCAUCUAGCAUGCCAGCUGCUAUUAAUCUUUGAGUUGAUCAUUAGCUUUGCUAAUAUUUGCUACAUUUUCAUGAAAAAAUAUGAUCUUAAUAUGUUAUUGUCU